AUGAGCGUCCGAGAGAUCUCGGCCGAAGAAAUCGGCAGACACAACCGGGACGACGAUGCGUGGAUCAUUCUGAACGGCGACGUCUGGGACAUCAGCGGAUUCGCGGACAAACACCCCGGAGGCCGCGAGGCCGUCGAGGAGUUCUUUGGUCGGGAUGGAAGUGUCAUCUACAACCAGCUGCACAGCCCGAGGCUGGCGGAGAAGUUUCUAGGGUUGGAAAAGAAGGUGGGAGUGCUGGAACAGAAAGCAACAGACAAGACUGCCAGGGCCGCCGCAGAGCAAGAAGCCAGCGACGAGGAGUCUCGACCAGAACUCGAAUCAAUCGUCAGCAUCCACGAGUUCGAGCAGAUAGCGCCCAAGGCCCUACGGCCCAAAUCGUGGGCGUACAUCGACGGCGCGACGGAAGAUGGACUCACGAAAGCCGCCAACGCAGACUGGUAUCGACGCAUCUGGUUCCGACCACGGGUGCUGACGGGCGUGGGCGAAGCCGACACCAGCACGACCAUCUACGGGAGAAAAUGGGCGUCGCCCAUCCUCAACAGUCCGACGUCGUCGGCGAUGCUGGCGCAUCCAGACGGAGAACUGGCGUUGGCAAGGGCCUUCUCGUCCUGCGGGAACCCAAUCAUCAUCCCCACCAUGUCGUCUUACCCUCUGCAAGACAUUGUCGCCGCUCUCCCCAAAGACCACCCGUUCUUUUUCCAGCUCUAUGUCCAUCGCGACCGAAACGAAAUGGAGAAACUCCUGGACGAGGUUGUUGCCUUGAAACCUCAGGGGAUCUUGGUCACCGUCGAUCUGCCCGUCAUGUCGAAGCGCGAAAGCUAUGCCAAAUAUCUCGCUCAGGAGCGUCUAACCAAGAAGAAGCUGACCCAUAUCCACAUGUCCGAGAAAGCCACCGUCGUCACCAUCGACCCGAAACUCAACUGGAACGACAUCAGGUACAUCAAGGACCGGACGGGGCUGCCUACUUUUGUCAAGGGCGUCCAGUGUGCCGCCGACGCGAGAAGGGCGUAUGAACUCGGCUGUGCUGGCAUCUAUAUCUCCAACCAUGGCGGCAGAGCGCUCGACACAGCACCGCCGCCGAUUUUGACCUUGCUUGAAAUCCAGGCUAAUUGCCCAGAGAUCCUGGAUCAUAUGCACGUCUUUGUCGAUGGAGGGAUUCGUCGAGGUUCAGACAUCCUCAAGGCCAUCUGUCUCGGCGCCUCGGCCGUUUGCCUCGGGCGGCCAGUGCUGUAUUCCUUGACGUACGGGGAACAAGGGGUCAAACACGCCAUUGAAAUUCUCCAAGCCGAGCUCGACAACGCCAUGCAACUCAAUGGCAUUACGAGUCUAGAUCAGGCUCACCCGGGUCUGUUAAACACGACCGAGCUGGAUCAGUAUAUCUACCGUGGCGAUCAUCAUCCCUGGGCCCGGAAGCCGCAGCGGUCCAAGUUAUGA